AUGGAAGCUGGGCAGUCCAGAAUCCAGCAGCAGAGACAGGACUGUGUCAGCUAUGUGUCCAUCAAGAGUGACUGGUCUAUGACAGAACCUAUUGUCUUUAAAGGACAACAAUCUUCUGAAACACGGAUUCAUCAGCAAAGACAAGACUCUUCUGUCCCCAGCUGUGUGUCCAUGAAGAGUGACCAGCCUAUGUUUAAUCCAGAUGAGUUCAAAGAUGCACACCAAUCUGUUCGUAAAUGUGUGGAGAAGAAGAGCUCAGAGGUUCUCAGUGGUAAAUCUACAUGUCAGCAUCAAACACAUCUGGACUCCAUAUUCAUGCUGCUGGAGGAGAAUGUUAUUAGUUUUGUGAAGAAAGAGCUGAAGAAGAUCCAGAAGGUUCUGAGUCCAGAUUACCCAGAAUGCUUAGACAGUCAGAGUGAGAAUGAGGAGGUGUUGGACAGGGAGGAGGAAGAACAAAGGAGGAGCAGCAGAGAGGCAUUUCUGAAGAUCACACUGCACUUCCUGAGGAAAAUGAAGCAGGAGGAGCUGGCUGAUUGUCUGCAGAGCAGAACUCCUGCUGCAGAGUGUCAAUAUAAACUCAAGUCUAACCUGAAGGAGAAGUUCCAGUGUGUGUUUGAGGGGAUUGCUAAAGCAGGAAACCCAACCCUUCUGAAUCAGAUCUACACACAGCUCUACAUCGCAGAGGGAGGAACUGCAGAAGUCAAUGAUGAACAUGAGGUCAGACAGAUUGAAACAGCAUCCAGGAAAUCAGACAGAACAGAAACAACAAUGAGACAAGAAGACAUAUUUAAAACCUCACCUGGAAGAGAUGAACCAAUCAGAACAGUGAUGACAAAGGGAGUGGCUGGUAUUGGGAAAACAGUCUUAACACAGAAGUUCACUCUGGACUGGGCUGAAGACAAAGCCAACCAGGACAUACAGUUCACAUUUCCAUUCACUUUCAGAGAGCUGAAUGUGCUGAGAGAGAAAAAGUACAGCUUGGUGGAACUUGUUCAUCACUUCUUUACUGAAACCAAAGAAGCAGGAAUCUGCAGGUUUGAAGAGUUCCAAGUUGUGUUCAUCUUUGACGGUCUGGAUGAGUGUCGACUUCCUCUGGACUUCCACAACAAUCAGAUCCUGACUGAUGUUACAGAGUCCACCUCAGUGGAUGUGCUGUUGACAAACCUCAUCAGGGGGAAACUGCUUCCCUCUGCUUACCUCUGGAUAACCACACGACCUGCAGCAGCCAAUCAGAUCCCUCCUGAGUAUGUUGACAUGGUGACAGAGGUCAGAGGGCUCACUGACCUACAGAAGGAGGAGUACUUCAGGAAGAGAUUCAGAGAUGAGGAGCAGGCAAACACAAUCAUCUCCCACAUCAAGACAUCACGAAGCCUCCACAUCAUGUGCCACAUGCCAGUCUUCUGCUGGAUCACUGCUACAGUUCUAGAGGAUGUGUUGAAAAGCAGAGAGGGAAGACAGCUGCCUAAGACCCUGACUGAGAUGUACAUCCACUUCCUGGUGGUUCAAUUGAAACUGAAGAAUUUCAAGUAUGAUGGAGGAGCUGAGACAGAUCCACACUGGAGUCCAAAGAACAGGAAGAUGAUUGAGUCUCUGGGAAAACUGGCUUUUGAGCAGCUGAAGAAAGGCAACCUGAUCUUCUAUGAAUCAGACCUGAUAGAGUGUGGCGUCGAUAUCAGAGCAGCCUCAAUAUAUUCAGGAGUGUUCACACAGAUCUUUAAAGAGGAGAGAGGGCUGUACCAGGACAAGGUGUUCUGCUUCAUUCAUCUGAGUGUUCAGGAGUUUCUGGCUGCUCUUCAUGUCCAUCUGACAUUCAUCAACUCUGGAGUCAAUCUGCUGGCAGUAGCAAAGACAACAUCUUGCUUGUCUAAAGUCUUUAAAAAGAAACCUGAACUAACACAUCUCUACCAGAGUGCUGUGGACGAGGUGUUACAGAGUCCAAAUGGACACCUAGACUUGUUCCUCCGCUUCCUCCUGGGUCUUUCACUGCAGACAAAUCAGACUCUCUUGCGAGGCCUCCUGAAAAGGACAAGAUGCAGCUCACAGACCAAUCAGAAAACAGUUGAGUACAUCAAGAAGAAGAUCAGUGAGAAUCUGUGUGCAGAAAGACACAUCAAUCUGUUCCACUGUCUGAAUGAACUGCAUGAUUGUUCUCUAGUGGAGGAGAUCCAACGGUACGUGAGUUCAGGAAGUCUCUCCAAAGAUAAACUGUCUCCUGCUCAAUGGUCAGCUCUGGUCUUCAUAUUACUGUCGUCAGAAAAAGAACUGGAUGUGUUUGACCUGAAGAAAUACUCUGCUUCAGAGGAGGCUCUUCUGAGGCUGUUGCCAGUGGUCAAAGCUUCAAAUAAAGCUCUGCUGAUUGGCUGCAACCUCUCAGAGAGAAGCUGUGCAGCUCUGUCCGCAGUUCUCAACUCCCAGUCCUCUAGUCUGAGAGAGCUUGACCUGAGUAACAACAAUCUGCAGGAUUCAGAAGUGAAGCUGUUGUCUGCUGGGCUGGAGAGUCCACACUGUACACUGGAAACUCUCAGGCUGACUGGCUGUAACCUCUCAGAGAGAAGCUGUGCAGCUCUGUCGUCAGUUCUCAGCUCCCAGUCCUCUAUUCUGAGAGAGCUUGACCUGAGUAACAACAACUUGCAGGAUUCAGGAGUGCAGCUGCUGUCUGCUGGGCUGGAGAGUCCUCACUGUACACUGGAAACUCUCAGGCUGACUGACUGUAACCUCUCAGAGAGAAGCUGUGCAGCUUUGUCCUCAGUUGUCAGCUCCCAGUCCUCUUGUCUGAGAGAGCUUGACCUGAGUAACAACAACCUAAUGGAUUCAGGACUGAAGCUGCUCUCUGCUGGACUGGAGAGUCCACACUGUACACUGGAAACCCUCAGGCUGACUGGCUGUAACCUCUCAGAGAGAAGCUGUGCAGCUCUGUCGUCAGUUCUCAGCUCCCAGUCCUCUAUUCUGAGAGAGCUUGACCUGAGUAACAACAACUUGCAGGAUUCAGGAGUGCAGCUGCUGUCUGCUGGGCUGGAGAGUCCAUGCUGUACACUGAAAUCUCUCAGGCUGACUGACUGUAACUUCUCACAGAGAAGCUGUGCAGCUCUGUCCUCCGUUCUCAGCUCCCAGUCCUCUAAUCUGAGAGAGCUGAAUCUGAGUAACAACAACCUGCAGGAUUCAGAGGUGAAGCUGCUGUCUGCUGGACUGGAGAGUCCACAUUGUACACUGGAAACUCUCAGUCUGUCAGGCUGUCUGAUCACAGAGGAAGGCUGUACUUCUCUGGCCUCAGCUCUGAGCUCCAACCCCUCCCAUCUGAGAGAGCUUGACCUGAGCUACAAUCAUCCAGGAGACUCAGGAGAGAAGCAGCUGUCUGCUGGACUGGAGGAUCCACACUGGAGACUGGAC